AUGCCUGCAGCAAGAUUGCAGAUAGACGGUGUGGACUUGGGCGAAGUUGACAGUUACGUUUAUUUCGGACAACUGAAUAUGCGACACAACUUCCCUCUGGCGGCUGCAAGUGGAAGGGCUGCUAGUUGGCACAGAUUCUACAGCAUCAUCGAUAUCCUCAAUGUGUUGAACCGGAACGACCGUGCCCAUCUCUUCAACACCGCUGUGUUGAAGGAAGUGACAUAUGGAUGUGAAAUGUGUUCAGUGAAGAAGGCUGAAGAACAAGCGCUGGCUGUGAUGGAGAGAGCGAUGGAGCGGGGGAUGCUUAACGUAUCUUUCUAUAACCGUAUAAACAAUCAAACUCUUCGUCAGAUGAACAGCAUGCAAGAUAUCAUUACGAGUAAAAUCCGAUGGGCAGGCCAUGCUGCUCUCCUUACUGACAACCGGUGGACAAUGCGCGAGAAAGUAUGA